AUGGCCGCCAUUUCUCCCGGUACUUCCAGCGCCGCUUCGUCACCUCUAGGUGUGGCAAAGACCACCGCUGGCGAGAGCGCCUCUGACAAAUCGCGAUCCAAAGCACUGGAGAGCGGGGCAACAACAACACCUACACGGGCGCCACCGAGCCCGAGCGGCACCGCAACAAAGAGCGAGAUGGUGGACCCCUGCAGCGACGGUACUGUUGGUGUUGACGGGGCUGGUGGGGAGUCGUUCGCUCGCUUGCGCAGCACCGUGCGUGAGCUGCAGCGCCGUCUUGAUCUCUCGGAGGCCCGUGUCGAGCAGGCGGAGCAGAUUCACUUGGAUGCGCUGUUGCUCCACCGUGAGUCGACCCCAUCCGCGGUGGCCCUCGUGAACGCUGAAGUGCAGAAGCUCUUUCAGCUGAUGCAACAGCAGCUCUUGUUGAACGCAGUCCAGCAGCAGGCGGAGCGAGCCCGUAUGAGCGAGCUGCUUUACCAGUUGCAAUGCCAGCAGCGUGCACCGUAG